AUGGGGAAUGCACCGCCAACCAUCACCGAGAAGAAUUGCCCUGAUCAAACUGGCAAGGCUGUUGGACUCAAGGUCUUCAUCCUGACCGGAUCUAACACUGGUCUCGGCGCCCUCCUCGCCGAAAUCCUCUACUCCCGCAAUGCAAAGGUCUAUGUCGCUGCACGGACGACCUCUAAAAGCCGAGGCGACAAUCAAGGGCAUCAAAUCCCGCAACAGAAAUUCCAAAGGCGAUUUACCACUGCUAGCAAGGCGGAGAAGGGCUCAGUGCGUGUUGUGUGGCUUGCAUCACAGGCGGAGAAGCUGUAUGCGCCGAAAAAUGGUAUCGAUAUGUCGAACUUGGAUUAUCAUACCCCAGUCAAUGAGCGCAUCACGUACGGAGCGAGCAAGGCCGGCAAUAUUCUUUAUGCCAGCGAAUAUGCCAAGCGAUUCGGCAACUCUGGCGUCGUCAGCGUGUCUGCCGAUCCGGGGAAUCUGAAAACGGAUUUAUACAGAAAUGUCCCAUGGUGGCAGAUGUGGAUAGCUAACAUGAUUCUCAAGGAACCGAUUUUCGGUGCUUACACUGAGCUCUAUGCGGGCCUGUCUUCUGAUAUCUCGUUGGCAAAUAAUGGUGCUUUUGUGGAGCCAUGGGGGAAGAUUGACAAGCCACGGAAGGACGUGGCCAGUUCUCUCAAAGGAAAAUCCGAAGGUGGAUCAGGAAUAGCAGCCCAGUUCUGGGGCUGGACCGAGAAUGAGGUUGCUUCCUUCUAG